GGGCCGUAGGGAGGCGGAGGAACCGGUGUUGGGCGCCGCCGCCGCCGCCGCCUGUGCCCUGUGGUCCCCGCCGGCUCCGGGUCAACCAUGAUGAUCCACGGCUUCCAGAGCAGCCACCAGGACUUCUCCUUCGGGCCCUGGAAGCUGACGGCGGCCAAGACCCACAUCAUGAAGUCAGCGGAUGUGGAGAAGUUAGCUGAUGAAUUGCACAUGCCGUCUCUCCCCGAAAUGAUGUUUGGAGACAACGUUUUAAGGAUCCAGCAUGGUUCUGGCUUUGGGAUUGAGUUCAAUGCUACAGAUGCGUUAAGAUGUGUGAACAACUACCAAGGCAUGCUCAAAGUAGCCUGUGCUGAAGAGUGGCAGGAAAGCAGGACGGAGGGUGAACACUCCAAAGAAGUUAUUAAACCAUACGAUUGGACCUAUACAACAGAUUAUAAGGGAACAUUACUUGGAGAAUCUCUUAAGUUAAAGGUUGUACCUACGACAGAUCAUAUAGAUACGGAGAAGUUGAAAGCCAGAGAACAAAUCAAGUUUUUUGAAGAAGUUCUUCUAUUUGAGGAUGAACUUCAUGAUCAUGGAGUUUCAAGCUUGAGUGUGAAAAUUAGAGUGAUGCCUUCUAGCUUUUUCCUGCUGUUGCGAUUUUUCUUGAGAAUUGAUGGGGUGCUUAUUAGAAUGAAUGACACGAGGCUUUACCACGAGGCUGACAAGACCUACAUGCUAUGAGAAUAUACAUCAAGAGAGAGCAAAAUUUCUAAUUUAAUGCAUGUUCCACCUUCUCUCUUCACGGAACCUAAUGAAAUAUCACAGUAUUUACCAAUAAAGGAAGCAGUUUGUGAGAAGCUGGUAUUUCCAGAAAGAAUUGAUCCUAACCCUGCAGAGUCACAAGAAAGUGCACCUGUGGAAUAGAAUGUGAUUCAGCAUACACUCAACGUGGAUCUGACUGGACACCUUGGCUGUUUGUAGGGGGAUAUUUUUAUUAUGAGAACUGAUCGCCUUGUUUAUGUGCAGAUUUUCUGUAGCCUUAAAGGAAACAACAAUAAAGGAUUAUUGCAGGCAGAUUCCAUUCAACUGCUGUUUGUA